GCAUGCGUAGGGGGCAGCUCCUGAUUGGGCGGCGGGGACUCUUGUGAGGCGGCCGAGAGCGAGAGAGAGAGGUUCUUGUUCUUCUGAGGGACUUUUGGUGGCCGCCGCCUGAGGAGAAAGAGAGGGAGAGAGAAGAGAGGAGAGGCCGAAGGGAAGGAGAAGAAAGAAGGGAGGGAUAAAUAAAGGAAGGCCGGCCUUCUCCUUCCUUCCUUCCUUCCCUCCGGCGGCGGCGGCGGCGGCGGCGGCGGCCUGGGCGGAUGCCUCGUCGCGGGUGAGAGAGAAGAGGCCUGGCGGGGGGCCCCGGGCAGGCCGAGGAGGAAGAGGAAGAGGAAGAAGAGGCCGGGGGAGGAAGAGGAGAUGGCGCUGCUCGGGGUCCUCGUCCUGCUCGGCUCCUGGGCCGCCGGGGCCGGAGGUCAGUAUGGGAACCCCCUCAACAAAUACAUCCGGCAUUAUGAAGGACUGUCCUACGACAUGGACUCCUUACACCAAAAACACCAGCGUGCCAAAAGAGCUGUCUCUCAUGAAGACCAGUUUCUGCGCCUCGAUUUCCAUGCUCACGGGAGGCAUUUUAACCUUAGGAUGAAGAGAGACAUGUCUCUCUUUAGCGAAGACUUCAAGGUAGAGAUGUCAAAUAAAGAAAUUGAUUACGAUACCUCCCAUAUUUAUACUGGGCAUAUUUAUGGUGAACACGGAAGCUUUAGCCAUGGGUCUGUUGUUGAUGGAAGGUUUGAAGGCUUCAUCAAGACUCACGGGGGGAUCUUCUACAUUGAGCCAGCAGAGAGAUACAUCAAGGACAAAGCGCUGCCUUUUCACUCCGUCAUGUACCACGAAGACGACAUUCGAUAUCCACAUAAAUACGGGCCGCAGGGCGGUUGUGCCGACCAUUCCGUCUUCGAAAGAAUGAUGAAGUACCAAAUGACUGGAGUUGAAGAGCCAACGAAACAGCCACCCUCGGAAGAACCCAGUGGCCCCAUCCCGGAGCUCUUGAGAAAGAAGCGAGCGGCUCAAGCGGAGAAGAACACGUGCCAGCUUUACAUCCAGACGGACCACCUCUUCUAUCGAUACUACGGGACGAGAGAAGCUGUGAUUGCGCAGAUCUCCAGCCACGUCAAAGCUAUUGACACCAUCUACCAGUCGACCGAUUUCUCAGGAAUCCGAAACAUCAGUUUUAUGGUGAAAAGAAUCAGGAUCAACACGACCCAGGAUGACAAGGACCCUUCCAACCCUUUCCGCUUUGCCAACAUCGGGGUGGAGAAGUUUCUGGAGCUCAACUCGGAGCAGAACCACGAUGACUACUGCUUGGCCUACGUCUUCACGGACCGGGACUUUGACGACGGGGUCCUGGGCUUGGCCUGGGUGGGGGCCCCUUCGGGGAGCUCCGGCGGCAUCUGCGAAAAGAGCAAGCUCUACUCAGAUGGCAAGAAGAAAUCCUUGAACACUGGCAUCAUCACUGUCCAAAACUACGGCUCCCACGUUCCCCCCAAGGUCUCCCACAUCACCUUUGCGCAUGAAGUGGGCCAUAAUUUCGGCUCUCCACACGAUUCUGGGACCGAAUGCACACCGGGGGAGUCUAAAAACCUGGGCCAAAAGGAGAACGGCAACUACAUAAUGUACGCUAGAGCCACGUCCGGGGACAAGCUGAACAACAACAAGUUCUCCAACUGUAGCAUCAGGAACAUCAGCCAAGUCCUGGAGAAGAAGAGGAAUAAUUGUUUUGUGGAAUCGGGGCAACCCAUCUGCGGGAACGGGCUGGUGGAAGACGGGGAGCAGUGCGACUGCGGCUACAGCGACCAGUGCAAAGAUGACUGCUGCUUCGAUGCCAACCAGGCGGAGGACAAGCGGUGCAAGCUGCGGCCUGGGAAGAAGUGCAGCCCCAGCCAAGGCCCCUGCUGCACCCAGGAAUGCGAAUUCAAGAGAUCAGGGGCCAAAUGCCGCAACGACUCGGAAUGCGCGGAAGAGGGGCGCUGCAAUGGCACCUCCUCCUUCUGCCCAACCUCCAGGCCCAAGCCCAACUUGACCGACUGCAACAGGAACACACAAGUUUGCAUCAACGGGCAAUGCGCCGGCUCCAUCUGUGAGAAGUAUCUCCUGGAGGAGUGCACUUGCGCCAGCACCGACGCCAAGGACGACAAGGAGCUCUGCCAUGUCUGCUGCAUGAAGAAAAUGCGGCCAGAGACGUGCGCCAGCACUGGUUCGGACGUGUGGAAAGAGUUCUUCCAGCACAAAACCAUCACGCUGCAGCCGGGGUCGCCCUGCAAUGACUUCAAGGGCUACUGCGACGUCUUCAUGCGCUGCCGCCUGGUAGAUGCUGACGGGCCCCUGGCCAGGCUCAAGAAGGCCAUCUUCAACCCCGAGCUCUACGAGAACAUUGCCGAGUGGAUCGUGGCGCAUUGGUGGGCUGUCCUGCUAAUGGGCAUCGCCCUGAUCAUGCUGAUGGCCGGCUUCAUCAAGAUCUGCAGCGUCCACACCCCCAGCAGCAACCCCAAGCUGCCACCGCCCAAACCACUCCCAGGCACCUUGAAGCGGAGGAGGCCCCCUCCGGCGGCUCAGCCCCCUCCCCGCCAGCGGCCCCGGGAGAGCUACCAGAUGGGGCACAUGCGGCGCUAAGUGAGGAGGAUCGGGGUGGCGUUCUGUUCCGUAUUUUUUCUUUCUUAAUUUUUUUGCCUUGGUUCUUCCUAGUGCCUACAGUGGGAAAAUUUCGCUCCAAAGAGAAUCCGAUGCUAAGCCAUCGUGGUGAUAGUCCCUGGUCUCACUUUUCAAAACCACAAAGGAGGAGGGAAGUCAAGGCCCUCGACCCGGCGGAGAGCGUCGGAAACAAGGUCCGAUUGCAAGGCUUUCCUUUUGGACCGGAUCGGUGGUUUCUGCCCCUUGCUCCCUUCCUCCUUCAACUCUUCUUCUUCGUGGUUGCCUUUUCUCCUCCUCCCUCCUCCACUUGCAGGCAAAAUGCGGAUAAAAAGUUUCUAUUUUUCAACAACUCUCAAAAGGCUAGGAAGCGGGACCCGCCUCCGUGUUGGAGACAUGACCGGUUUUGGGCCAAUGUACAUAACGGGGGACCGGGGGGGGGGGGGAUAUUGGUAAUAUGCAGAGCAUUGUUCUUUCUAAUGUACCUUCUUUCUUUUUCUGUGUGCAAUUGUUAAAAACACAAAAGGAGAGGGGAGAAAAAAAGAGGAUUGCAAUAUGGAUGUUUUUUUUUUUUGUACAAUAAGCCUUUGAGGAUGAAGAAAUCUCACUGCUUCAAUUGACCUACUCAGGAUAUAAAAACAGAGGUUGAGGGUGGUGUCCAGCAUUUGGAUCAUUGUGAAUCACACCCAGCCCUUUCCCUUUUUUUAUUUCAAAAGCAAACAAAAUGUGACCUGUGUUGUUGUUCUUAUUAUUACUAUUCUUGCUGAUACAUGCUUCUGGAUGCAAGGACCCUUCCCUUCGGAUCGAAAGGCUUUUCCGCCUCGUUUCAUGCCUUGGAAAACGGCGGAAAUGCCAGAAUUGCCUCCCUUUUCCCUUUUCCAUGCAUCAACCUUUUCUUUUUAAACCAGGAGGGUUUUUUAACGAGAGGAAGACGAAUUCCCUUUCGUCUUUUGCCUGCCAUUCUCUUCUAUGACCAACAAUAUUGAUAUAUUUUUCUGUUAGAAAGAUAAGCCUGUGUUUCUAUUUUUCUCAGAAGGUUGUGGCCAACUUGCUUUUUUCAGUGACACUCUGGAUAAAUCUUAAUGUUCCGCGGUCAUUCGGGCACAUCGGGGAGAGAGGUGGAAAACUCUGUGUGUGUGUCUUCUUCUGCUUUAAUUUAAUAUGUGACUUCCAAGUAAUAUGUUUUUUGGCUUAUUUUCAGCAUGAUAACUGUGUGUGCUUUUUUUGUUUUGUAAGGAUAACCACUAAAAAUCAAAAAGUUGCGUUAUUUGCAAAUGGCCCUUAAAUGAAAGAGAAGUGAGAGCCACAGCAUCAUUUGCAAAUGGCCUUUAUAUAAAAGAGGUAAGGCCCAAUGCAUUAUUUGCAAAUGGGCCUUUGGUAAAAGAGAGAAGUAAGGACCACUGGAUUAUUUGCAAAUGGGCCUUAAUAUAAGAGAGAAAUCAGGACCGCUGCAUUAUUUGCAAAUGGCCCUUUGAUAAAAGAGAGAAGUAAGGACUGCUGCGAUAUUUGCAAAUGGCUUUUACAUAAAAGUGAUAAGAACCGCUGCAUUAUUUGCAAAUAGGCCUUAGAUAAAAGAGUGGUGAGGACCACUGCAUUAUUUGCAAAUGGCUUUUCCACAAAAAGAGAAGCAAAGACCACUGCAUUGUUUGCAAAUAAAACAGAGAGGCCGGGAAGCUCAAACAGCACAAGAUACACCCCAAACCGUUUAUUACAAGUGUAUAUAACUGGCAUUUUUUUAAAAAUAGAUGGGAUAGCGGGAGACCUAGCUAGUGCGCUUAACUGCUAUGCAGGAAACGGGAGAGGGCAUUGUUGGGGCCUUGCCAUAUUAUUAUUGGACAGCAAAUAACGAAGAGACCUUGGGGCUUCACUAAAGAAUUCAGAUUUCUUCAAGAGUUUGGCCAGGGCAGUUUCCCCUUUUAUGGUUUUCUAUUAUUGUUUUGGGGAGGGGCUAUUUCCUUUCCCUCCUGUUUUCCAAGAGUCUUAAGGUUUACACACGCAUUCUCUUAAAAGCAAAGCCAGCGAGGCCAAAAAAAGAAAAAAAAUGAAAUUGUUUUAAACAAAACAAGAAUAUGAAAACAGGAAUCUCUUUCCUUGUAAAACUUGUACAGUGACGGACUUUUUUCCACAAUGAAAACAGCGCAGCUUUUUUUGUACCGGGUUUCGAGGCGGCUUUUGUACACGGACCGGCCCUCCCUCCCUUCCAGACCCAUGGACUCUAUACAUACUUCUUCUGAAGGAUCUGAACCGGUCAGAGAAACGCCAAUCGUUUGCUUUCAAGCCCUUUAAAAGACGCAUUUUGGGGAUCUCUUUCUUAUGUUCCUCCUUUCAAGCUGCGCAAAGAUUUGCAUUUCUAAAACAGUGGCUUUUAUUAUUGCAACAAAAAACAAAGCAGUCAAUCUUGGGACAGAUGUAAAUUCCUUGCUUGUCAUGUUAUUAUCCUGUGGCGAAAAGGUUCUGACUACCCUGUUUUUUAUUAUUAUGGUUAUGAUUAUGAUUAAUUAUGAUGAUUACUUGAGGGAGGGGAUGUCCUCGGUUUAAUGGGUUUUUUUUCUGCAAAGAGGAAAACAAAACAAAAAAAGUGCACUGAACUCUCCACUACAAACAAGUCAAGACGUGGUCAAACAAAAACAGGAAAAUCAAGGCAAAUGAUUGCGAUCUAAUACUACUGUCAGUUUAAUGUCCACUGUGUUUUAUACAGUAUCUCUUCUUCUUUUGUUUUGUUUUUUGGUUCACUUUGGAAAAAUUUUUACUAAAAAAAGUUGCAAAAAAAAUUAAAAUAAAUGAAAGUAUUGUGCAAACAAAUGUAAGGUUUUUUUGAAACUUGAAAAUGCAUUAAUAAAUAGAUCUGAUGAAAAAAAAA